GGGCGGCAGAGCUGCCUGGGAGGGAGGGCGGCGAGAGCAGCACUGCGGACCGGGAGUCCCGGGCCAGCCCACGGCCCACUCUCUGGACCCUGCGGGCGGCGUCACAGAUUUCCACUUGGCAGAUUCACCAAAGGCAAGAGAGGCUAAUCUGUGUACGUUCUGAGUGCCACUCUCCGAGAGAUCCCCAUAACAGACCCCAGGCCCAAGUCCACUGUGCUACCAGACCCCCACCCCACCCCAGGCAUUGCUCUGGGGUCUGCCUGAGGCCAGCAGUGUGAAGAUGACCAGCACCUUCCUAGCAUGACGACCUUGGACCAUGUGAUCGCUACCCACCAGUCGGAGUGGGUCUCUUUCAAUGAGGAGCCACUCUUUCCUGUCCCUUCUGAGGGGGGCACUGAAGAGCACCUCCCAGGACCAUCGUCUUCCUCAGACCAGUCCGAGAGCUCUUCUGGGGAGAACCAUGUGGCGGAUGGAGGCUCUCAGGACCUUUCCCCCUCAGAGCACGAUGACUCUUCUGAAAAGAUGGGCCUCAUCUCUGAAGCGGCCUCCCCUCCCCUGAGCCCUGAGCAGCCUCCACCUGACCUGGCUUCAGCCAUCAGCAGCUGGGUUCAGUUUGAAGAUGACACACCCUGGGCCAGCACAUUACCACCUCACAAAGAAGCAGGUGGGACAGCCAUAUCGUUGACCAUGCCCUGCUGGACGUGCCCUUCCUUCAACUCCCUGAGGAGAUGCCCACUGCCCUCCGAGAGCAGCUGGUCCACACAUUCUGAAGAUGCCAGUAGUCCUAGUUUUGGGCCCUCGUACACAGACCUACAGCUCAUCAGUGCUGAGGAGCAGAGUGGCCUGGCUUCCAGGGCCGACUCGACUGACAAUUCUUCCUCUCUUCAGGAAGAUGAAGAGGUGGAGAUGGAGGCCAUCAGCUGGCAGGCCAGCAGUCCAGCUAUGAACGGACACCCCACCACUCUAGUGACCUCUGCUCGUUUCCCUAGCUGGGUCACUUUUGAUGACAAUGAAGUCAGCAGCCCUUUGCCACCAAUCACCUCUCCUCUGAAGCCGAAAACACCACCUCUUGCAUCUGUGAUCCCAGAUGUACCUUAUAACUCAACUGGGUCGUUUAAGAAGAGGGAACGUCCCAAGAGCACUUUGAUGAACUUCUCCAAAGUUCAGAAGCUGGACAUUUCCUCCUUAAACCAUCCACCUUCCGUGCCUGAGGCUCCUCUUUGGAGGGCAACCAAUCCUUUUCUGAAUGAGACUCUACAGGAUGUACAACCCUCCCCUAUAAACCCUUUCCGCGCUUUCUUUGAGGAGCAGGAGAGGCGCUCCCAAGACGAUUCCAUGUCUGGUACCACAGGCAAAAGCCAAAGAGAUUCUCUCAUUGUCAUCUACAAGGAUGCCAUCAGUUUUGAUGAUUCAAGCAAAAACCAGUCACACUCCGAUGCUGUUGAAGAACUCAAACGACUCCAAAUUGAGGAUCCCGAUCACUUAGGGAGUACAACACUCCCUGAUGAUGACCCGAUAGCCUGGAUUGAACUAGAUGACCACCCACCAGGUUCCGCACUGUCCCAGCCCAGGGAUGGCUGGCCCAUGAUGCUUAGGAUCCCUGAGAAGAAAAACAUCAUGUCCUCUAGGCACUGGGGACCCAUCUACAUCAAACUGACAGACAGUGGGUAUCUGCAGCUGUAUUAUGAGAAGGGCUUAGAAAAGCCAUUCCGUGAGUUCAAGCUGGAGAUCUGCCAUGAGAUUUCAGAGCCCCGGCUCCAAAACUAUGAUGAGAACGGCAGGAUCCACAGCUUGCGGAUAGACCGCGUCACCUACAAGGAGAAGAAGAAAUACCAGCCUAAACCUGCCGUGGCCCACGUGGCCGAGAGGGAGCAAGUGAUUAAGCUGGGCACCACCAAUUACGAUGACUUCCUGAGCUUCAUCCGUGCAGUUCAGGACUGUCUCAUGGACCUGCCGGUGUUGUCAAUGGACUUGUGCACAGUUGGCUUGAACUACCUUGAAGAGGAGAUUGCAGUGGAUGUCCGAGAUGAAUUCUCUGGCCUUGUGAGCAAAGGAGACAACCAGAUUCUCCAGCACCGUGUCUUGACACGGGUCCACAUCCUGAGUUUCCUCUCUGGCCUUGCCGAGUGCCGCUUGGGUCUCAAUGACGUCCUCGUCAAAGGGAACGAAAUCGUUUCCCGGCAAGACAUCAUGCCCACCACCACCACAAAGUGGAUCAAGCUCCACGAGUGUCACUUUCACAGGUGUGUGGAUGAGGAUGUAUUCAACAGCUCACGGGUUAUUCUGUUCAACCCUUUGGACGCCUGCCGACUUGAGCUAAUGAGGUUCAGGACAGUAUUUGCCGAGAAGACCUUGCCUUUCACACUCAGGACUGUGGCAAGCAUCAGUGGGGCAGAGGUGGAGGUGCAGAGCUGGCUGAGGAUGUCAUCUGGCUUCUCCUCUAACUGUGACCCUCUCACUCAGGUUCCCUGUGAGAAUGUGAUGGUUCGCUACCCUGUGCCCAGUGAGUGGGUGAAAAACUUCCGCAGGGAAAGUGUCCUGGGGGAAAAGUCUUUGAAAGCCAAAGUGAACCGGGGGGCAAGUUUUGGCUCAGCUAGCUUGUCUGGCUCUGAGCCUGUCAUGAGAGUAACUCUGGGAACUGCGAAGUAUGAGCAUGCCUUCAACUCCAUUGUGUGGAGGAUAAACCGACUGCCUGACAAAAACACAGCUUCUGGGCACCCACACUGUUUCUUCUGCCAUCUUGAACUUGGCUCUGACCGGGAAGUGCCUUCCAGAUUUGCCGAUCACAUUAACGUUGAGUUCAGCAUGCCUACAACUUCUGCCUCCAAAGCUGCCGUAAGAUCCAUCUCUGUGGAAGACAAGACGGACGUCAGGAAGUGGGUCAAUUAUUCUGCACACUACAGCUACAAGGUGGAAAUUGAGCAAAAAAAGAGUUUGAAGCCAGACUUUGAAGGAGAUGAAAUGGAAAAUCCCAAGGAGUGUGGGGUCCAGUGACGAAGCCCUACUGCAGGGGGCCCUGACCUAAGCAUCACGACAGGAUGUCUUCCUGAAUAGCUAAAGUUCAAGGCACUUCCUACCAUGGCUACUCCAUGUUGGGAACAGUGUAUAGGACCUCCCUCUUUGUAGUUACCUGUAUUCUAACAGGAAGCCCUAAGGUGCUUGCUUUGGAGAGGCUCUGAUCAUACCUGAAGCACCUGGGUCACCUGACUUUUUGGAGCUUACUGUAUAAUUAAGCCUCCUCUCCACUCUGCUUAUCUCACAGCACUUGGGUAUGGUUUGUGACCGAUAAAGUCAGGAAAAGAAACUCCCAACAUCAUUGUUGGUGCGAUUUCCUUCCGAUGUUCAUCUGUCACUUACAUCAGUUUCUGGAAAACAAUCUUGAGAAGUUAAUUAACUAAGACUCCAUCUCUGUCACUCCCCUUAGAAAAAGUUGAGAAAAGGUACAAAACCGAUUUCCUCUUUGGGUCUGCUAGACCUUUCAUAGGUGUCUCCAUUCUUCAAAUGUUAACACUAUGCAACAGAAGUUUUUGAGAUGUUUCCCUCCUGGUUCUAGAUAGUGUUGAUUGAAACACUUUUUCCAUCUUUCUAAGGCAUCAGUCCCAGGGUUCAUUACCCUGAGUCACAAUAGACAAUGGAAAAAAGGCACAAGAGGACACUUCUAAAUUCUGUGAUUAGCCCCACAUUCUGCGAAGAGUGGCUAUUGAAGAGAAAGCAAAAUUGAGCUUACUUUUCUUCAUUCUGGGGAAAAAGAACAUUCAUUGUAAGAUUAUAUUCAAUUCAGGAGACAGCUUAAAUCUCAGUGAAUUUCCAAAUUCAUACUGAAAAAUAUAGGCCAUUUCUGAUUCCUGAAACAGAUGGAUACAUAUAUCUCAGGCAUUUGUCAGGGGCAUUUGGGAACUCUUUUUAUACCUCAUAGCCAGUAGACAGCUGCGUGUCUCUUUAACUCAAACUUUACAGGAAAUAUAAAUUGAAAAGAUCAUUUUAAAAGCCGUUUCAAAACUGAGCUUGUAUGAGCUUUUCCUAAAAAUUCAGAGUUUUGAUAAUCACAGUAUUGUAAUAGAUCUAAAAGGCAGAAAGACUCUAGGGUAGAGAUGAGGGAAAGCCAUAUUUUUCUAAUGUUGGGAACAUUAAAUCCUGAUUCUAAGAAUCUAGGACACUCAAUAUUCUUUCUCUUCAUCUGUUCCAGCUCACAUUCUGUACCUCUGCAUCCCAAAGGGGAUAUGAGCUCAACAAUUUAAAGGCAGCUUUUACCUGCCUUUCUGUUUCUCCCAUGAAGAAUAGAGUAAGGGUUAUCCAAUUUGUAGAUGACAUAGAAAUAGACAUAUAACUAGUCUGUUGACUGGCAGAUUCGGGAUUAGUUCAUUCCGUGAAUAUUCACUGAAUUCUGUGUAUUGACAUUAAGAUAUAGAAAUCAUUGUAAUUUUUUGAAAUACCUGAACAUAAGACUGAAACUAAAUGGAUGAAAUUAAAUAGGCAUUAAUGAGAAACUCUAUAUUCUGAGUUUCUUAAAUACAACCCACUAAGUACAAAAUGGGGUACCUAUGUGUGUACGGAUGUGUGUGUUUACCUGUGUGUGUUAAUGGGAAGGGUGUUGGAAAGUCCUGGUUUCACAGCAGUUUUUGUAUAAAAUGUUUUCUUGGGGAAAUGUGAGUUCAGUUUUGAAUCGGGAGUAUAUCAUAGCUAUUCACAAAACUAAUGCAUUCAGCCUGUAGUAACAGAAGUCUAGGGAGCCCUGCAUGCUGCACUGGUCAGUCCACAUCUGGAUGGAGGGCUGGGUUCAAUUCUGGGAACCACAUUUUAAGAGAGAUGUUAAUAAACUGAUUGUGUCCAGUCAGGUGGCCAGGGUUGUGGAGAGUGUGAUUAUACAUGGAAUAGGGGAAUACUUCCCCUGAAGAACAGAAGGUAUAGCUGGAAAGGGAAAAAGAGGGAAUGAUACAAUCGCUGCCUUGAAAUCUCUGUUGAGCUAUAAAAGGGGAGAGGAAUUGGAUUUUUCCUGUGUUGCUUCAAAGGGCAAAAAGAGGAGCUUUAUAGAUGACAAAUAUUUGCUUCAGUAUAAGAAAGAACUUUGUAAUAAGUGUUGCUCUAAAGAGGAAUGGACUCAAACAGUAAAACUUCCAGUUGCUGCAAAUGCCCAAAGGCUAAAAUAACCCAUCCUAAAUGCUAUGAAAGGGACUCUUAGAUUGGAUUUAGGCUAGAUUCUUAACAAGAUCCCUUCUACAUAUAGGUUUAGUUUCAACAGUGUUUGUUUUUAGUUUGAUAAGUGGUUUUUCAUGCUCUUUGAAAUACAGUGGAGUCUCCUAGAGGUCUUUGUCAACUGAGGACUCCAAGGCAUAGCCCUUCCCCUGUUGUGCUAAAAGCACAUGAGAUUCCUUAUAGAAACAUUGAAAUGGGUUGAAGAGUUGGCAAGGUGAAGGUCAUUCUACCACCUUCUUUACCCAAGGUUAGCACCUGUGCACCCUCUCAAGCGCUCUGCUUCACCUGCUAGCAUCACAUGUGUAUCGCUGGUUGGAUUUUUUUUCCUGUUGGUUAAUUCUCAUUGCCUUUGUGCUUUCACCUGGACAUUUUUUUUUAAACCAAGGGAUGGGAAAAUCCCUUCCAUGCUAUCUACAUUCAGCAAUCAGAUUAUCAUUCAUUUUAAAAAACCUACCACCUUGAUUUCAUCCGAUUUGUUUUCCCUCUACUGUUUUUUGGAAGUUGAUUAUGGGUAGCAUUUAGGGGGUUGGGAAAUAUACUACUAUAUAUUUUUAGAUGUAGUUUCUAUGUAGUUUUGUUAAUAGCCUACAUAGAAAAGAAAACACUGUUGGGCAAAUACCUUUUUGAUAUGCAGAUUCUAAGUUUGCCACCCUGGACUUGGAUUUUGUGUGUGUGGCCACAAAUUAUUUGUGGCCACCAAUAAUCCUUGUCUAUGUUAUCAGUAAUGUGAAAAUAUUAGAAAUGAAUUCAUUUUACCAUACAUAGUCUAUUACUAUUAGAAUAUCAAUUAGAUGUCCCAUGAUAUUAAGAGCUGUGCUUUUUUGUUUGAGACUGGUGACUUCCUUUUUUGACGUUAUAGUAAAGGAGGAUGAGAGAUGUACUCAUGAUAUAUCAAGCGAGACUAUGAGGUACUUUGUGGGCACACCAUUAAACUCCCCUCUGCCACUCGUGUAAACAUACUACUAGUUAUGCCUUAUCAAAAUUGUGUAUUUUACUUAUCUGAAAUAAAAUCUGGACAGUUUUUUUUUCUCUUCUAUUUUCUUCUGCCCACCACCUCCCCCUACAACCUUCCUGCAUUAUUGGCAGAGCUCAUAACCCUUGAGAACAUUUUUUUUCUUUUUGGCUGUGCUGCACGGCUUGCGGUAUCUUAGUUCCCUGACCAGGGAUUGAACCCAGGCGACUACAUUGAAAGCGCCGAGUUCUAACCACGGGACUGCCAGGGAAUUCCCAAGAACAUUUUUUUAAUGUAAAAUAUUUCUUAUUUGAAAUUAGAGUAAUUUCCUUUCAAAUCCUGUAGAUGAGGGCAGGAGCUUAUUUCCCUAGAAAUUCAUAUUCCCAAGAAAUGUGAUCCAUGGAGGCAAGAAAUGGCUCCUAUUCUUUGUUUCUAGUACCUACCACCAAGUUAGUUUGGAAUAUAAUAAGUUUCAGCUACCUUAAAUCCUGUGCUGAUAGGACAAACAGAUAUUAAUGAAAUAAAGGAAAAUUACUUAGGUAUUCAAUAAAUGUUUGCUGAAUGAAUACUGACACUUAGACUCUAAGACUACCUAACUCUUACUUAUCAAACACAUUAAAGCACACAAGCAUGCUUGUAUUUCCUGGAGAACUUAAAUAAUUUUUCUUUCCUUGCCUCCAUUGUCAACUAGUGAUAACGGUCAGCACUUAGGCACUUAAUGUGCAUCUGAACUUAAACUGCAGUAUAUCUUAUUCAUAUUGAAAAACAUUUUUUGUGCCCAAAGAUAACAGUAGCACAGAUGCUGUCAUAGUCCAGGUUGAUUCAGUUUUGUUCUUGCAAGUCAGACAGCUCUGUGAGCCUAAGCCUUGCCCAUUCGAAUGGUGAGGGAGAAGAAAGCAUUUAAUAGAGUACAUGGACAGUCUUGGUGUGCUAGGUCUUUGUUGUCCCCAACCUUAACCACUGACCAAUGUUACUGCAUAUUUAUUUUGUCACCAUAGUGAGAAAGAUGGAGGCCUGGGGUAGUAAGGCUGAAACGUGUGAAGUGACAUCAUGAUUUCAGAGCUGCUUUAAAUCUCAUAAGUUUCGUGGUGGGGAAACAGAGAAUGAUCUGAAAUUUUUCUUAAAAAUCUUUAAAACAUUAAGUUGAUUUGACUAGGAAGCACUGCCAUUUAGCCUACUUUUAAAAUUUUUCCCAGGUGGGAAUGGUAACUUUAACUCUUCUACGAAUGAUGAUUAUAAGUUAAUUCUAGCAUAUCUAGAGUUUAGGUCAUGUUAAGAAUGCACCAGGAAAUUCAAACAAAACUGACCAAACAGCUAAAUCCACAAAAAAUAUUAUCUAGUAAAGGAAUUAUCUCUUAACAUUUCACUAACAAGUGUCAUUCAAAACAUGACAGCUCUUAUAUAAAAUUAGUCAUAGCAUUUUCACCAACUUCUAAACAUACUGUCAUUACUAGUGUCUAAGUGCCAAUUCCCUACAAGUCACCACCUCUCUACCAUUUCUGAAUUAUGUUCUUUUUAAAUGAAACUUGCUUUGGAUAUUGCGACUCAUAUUUAUGUACUUAAGGAAUUAAAAGUGAAAGAGACAUAAAUGUAGAAAAUAAAUGUGUGUCAGUAGUAUUUUCCCAUGUAUUAACUAAAGUAGGAAUAUGGAAUUUUUACAUUUCUUAUACUGUGCCUUAGCAAAUCUGAUUGAGAGUGUAGUCCUUUUAACAACUGGGGGAAAAAAGAGUAUCUCUGAAUUUGCAAUUCCAGGCCUGUAAAGGCAGAAACUAUCCAUAGCAAUGUGUUUGGUAGUGCCUGGAGAGAGGCAAAUAAUAACUGCAUGUAAUGAAAAGCUAUAAAAGAACAGAAUCAAAAAACAGAAUGGCAAUAUGAAAAAAUAAAGUAUAGAGAAAGGACAAAUACAGCACUGGCCACCAAACCUCAAAAUACUUGAACUAGAGGCCAUCCCUUAAAUGUAAGGAGCUCCAGGAAUAAUAAAAGAUUGCCUAGCAGGGAUAAACAACAGAAUUAAUUCAGUUCAACAGGUAUUUGGUCAAGGUGCUGUCCCAGUAACCAGCUUCCCUAAAGGGAACUAAGGCCAAACACAAGGACACUGAGGACUGUUGAUGUAAAGACAUUGGUGGGCGUGCCCUUUAUCAAGGGAGAAUUGGGGUUUCUAUGAAUCUUUAAAGGACACAGUCAUGAAGACAAUCAUCAUGUUAAGUCACUUGCAAUUUUCCCGGUUGGGCUUCAGAAGCCUCAGCUAAAAAAGCGAGGACGCUGGACUGAUUGUUCCCUCAGAUCCUUUCCAGCUCCAGUGUUACGGAUUAUUUUACAAACUAUCUUUGGUGCCACUGUCAGUGAUACUUCAUGUCAAUAGGACUCUUCAUAUAAUCUUAAGAACCAAGAAGUUUAAAAUUUGAAUACUGGGAAAAGCAGCGGGCCCAUCUUUUCUCUUUUAACGUCUCUAUCCUUACCAUCUGCCCAGACAACCCUGCAGUCCUCUAUUUUGUAGUUGCCUUCAAAACACAGAUAAACAUGGAGGAUCAAAAGGACGGUGAAGAUCAGUUGGAACACUGCUCUGGAAGUUCCUCUGGCAUCACCCAGCACAACAGUGGUGUGAAGGUGAAGAGGAACUGAUAGGAUUUUGGGUACUACCUGAAGUAGAAGUUGGUCUAACCCUCCAAGGGGCUAUCUCGGGAUGAUCAAGGAUUUACAGAUAUGUCCUUUUAUACAAAAGACUGCAGAAAUCGAGGGAGGAAAAAACACUCAGUAAACAUUCUGGGACUAUCUGUGACACAGUUAUGGCCAAAGGAGAUGGAAGGGUCAGUCCUCCCUAUCCUCACAGUCUCUUAGUAACAUGAAAAUGUAAUUAUUUUUUAAAAACGUGUACAAGCUACAAAAUAGCAUCUCUUUUGUGGUAUGUGUUAAUUUGAUUUUAGGUUCCUGUACUAAGAGUUGCUCAAAUAUAAUGGCUCAGUUCCAGCCGGACAAAGUAAAGGAAUUCUAGCAUCCUCUUCCUGUUCAGUCCCACCUUCUGCCUCAGAUCAAACCCUCAGUGCUGGCUGUGGACACCAUCUAGCCGCACUGUGACUGAAGCCUUAAGCACCGCUGUCUUGCCUCUGUGUGCUUCAGGGUCAGCACCCACACGUGGUUUCCAACGGGAGUGGUUCUGGGAAAACAGAUGUGCAAUCAGAUCCUGACAGCAACCUGUCGGACCAAAGCAGCUAAGGGUUUUGAAGUACUGGUGUGACAGAGGGAAGAAUAUGAACUCCUCUGACCCUAAGUCAGCAUACAUUUAACCUUUGUGUCAGUCAACCUGCCAACAGAACCUGGAGAAAGUUUACCAUAUCCAAGAAAUGAAACAAAAUCAAUCAGUGUUUUAAGUCAGGGAGUGCUAAAAGAGCACCCCCUCCUCACUCUCCAUUUUUCUAACGCUCAUAGAGCAUUUCAAUGUGUCAGGAUGGAGGGACCCAAGAUCCAGUGAAUGAUUCAGCUGAUCCAAGGCUUGGCUUUUCCUUCCUUCAUCAUCUAUCCUCAUUCAAUGUAACUUCUUGUACUAUGUGAUUUAUUUUAUGUAAGAACAGCUUACUUUAAAAAAAUGUGCCUAUGUAAUAAAGUCUACACACUGGCUAACUCUAUAGAGGUGAGGUUUUGUUUUUAAUUGUUCUGCUGAUUAUCAUCUGUAAUACCCUUUUUGAGCUAGGAAAAAGAGCUGUUAAUAAAAAU